GGGACUUUUAUUUUGUGAGCCCUGAGCGGAGGCUUCGAGCCGCUACGUCACGAGCGUGACGACGUCAUGCGUCAAGAGACACUCGAGCGAGAGACUAGCUCGGCUCAGUCCCCCGGCGAGAGCGGCGCGGAGCAGGCAGGAUGUCCGGUGACGGUACCGGCGGUCCAUGUGAGAAGUUUCAAGCCAACUUGUUCAACCAAAGCAAAUGUCAGAACUGCUUCAAGUCACGUGAGCUGCACCUGGUCAGCGACCACUUCGUGGACCAGGGGAAGCCCGUCUACGGCGGCUGGCUCUGUUUGGCGCCCGAGGGAACCGACUUUCAGAACCCGAAGCAGAGGCCGCGGAAAUGGCAACGGCGCUUCUUCCUCCUCUACGAGCACGGCAGCCUGACCUUUGCGCUGGAUGAGCUGCCGAGCACGUUGCCUCAGGGCACGGUCAACAUGAGUCUGUGCACGGACAUUUUGGAUGCGGAGCCGUGUACGGGCCAGAGGAACACGCUGUGCAUCAUCACCGCAGAACAGGAAGUGUUCGUCCGGGCUGAAAGCAAGGAGAUCAUUAACGGAUGGAGCGAGCAGCUCGCCGUCUACGUUAGCAGCAGAAGACAGAACCAGAAGAAGAAGCGCAAAGUGGAACCUGUGGGCAGCCAGGAACCCACUCCAGCCAAGAUGGCCACCACCUGCCCCGCCCUGCCGUUGGCGGCAGAGACCAACAACCGUCCGCAGGAAGACCAGCAGGCCAAGACCACCACCAUCUGGCCUGAGGCAAGCAGAGACCCCCCUUUCUCAUCCAGGAAGGAGAGGAGUGACCCCCGUCUACCCGAGCGAGAGCCAGAUUUACUCAACUUCAAAAAAGGUUGGAUGGUGAAGCUGGACCAGGAUGGUCAGUGGAGGAAGUACUGGUGCGUGUUGUCAGCUGACAGCCUGAGGUUUUACAAGGACUUCAAGGCUGAGGAGGCUUCCGACCGGGAACGCGAGGUGGACCUGACAGAGUGCUUCAACGUGUGCGAGUGUGAGGUCCAAAAGAACUACGGCUUCCAGAUCCACACUCCAAAUGGCGUCCACACGCUGUCGACCAUGACAGCAGGAAUACGAAGGAACUGGAUUCAAGCUCUGAUGAAGAACGUGCGCGCAGCUCCUGAUGUCGCCAGCCAACCAGAUGUGACCAGAGACUCGUCAGAGAGAGACCGGCACGCCAGGUCCAGGACUGUUCUAGAGCGAAGGCGGGACAGUCGCAACAAAACCUUGGACUGGGUGGAGUUUAAGCCUCAGAGCAGACCGCCGGCAUAUGCUGACCUCCACGCCAGUCAAGCUCCACCCUUGCUGCAGUCGGGCGACCUGGAGAAGAGUCGGAGGAGGGAGGUGAGGAGGAGACGGUACGAGAGCAUCCUGGGCAUGUCUCCCGGCCGCGAGGUGAUGGGCGACGCCACCGCGGCCAGUCCGAGGUCGCGGCUGGAGGAGGAGAUGGAGGCGUGCUGGAAGCAGGUGGAGAAGACCACUUUCAGGCGCGCCAGGAGCAUCAUGCUCACUGACCACGCAUCGUUCACCUCCAAGAACACGCUGGAUGACGACAAGAAGCUGUUAGGCGACUUGAAGUGUCAGCUGCAAGGCUCCGAGUGCGGAAGACAGCAGCUGAGUGCGUCCAGCCAGUUGGAACCUUUGCAUGGAUGUGCAGUGGAUGAAGGUCCAGUGGGGACAGGAAACAGAAGUCCAGAACAUCUUCAGGAGGAGACAGACACUCCCACAAUGUGCAGCCAUGAAGCACUUCCUGUCUGCUUGUCUUGGCCUGACAGCUGUGAUGCUCAGUGUGGACCUGUGGAUCUUCCGUGUCCAGAAGGACAACCAAGCCACAGCUCCUCCAUGAUGGACACGCUGGCUGAAGCAGGCGGUGACUCGCGAGAGGGUGCUGCAGAGGAUCCCACCCGUGUCAGGAAGGUCUCCGAGGAAGUGGAGCUGCUUACCAGGCAGAACCUCACACUCCACCGGCGGAACCAGGAGAUGCUGAACCAGCUGAGCGAGGCAGACCUCCACAUCCAGCGUCUGAAGGAGGAGCUCAGCAGGAGAUACGUCCAGGUGCAUCCCAAAAAGUUGGAGGAUCUAGAGUGGGAGCUGCUGAAGAAGGACCAGCAACUCCAGGAGGCCCAGACGCUGAUCACCUCCCUGGAAGAGAGUCUUAGGGACGCCCAGACUGUCCUGCAGCGACACGUCCCAGCAGAGAAGCGGGAACAGGAGGGACGCAUCAGAAACGUAGAAGGCUACCUGCUGAGAUGUUUUGAAGCCACCGAGGCCAAGCUGAGCGAGCUGGAGAAGCAGCUACACCAAUCAGAGCUCAGAUGCGGGGAGCUCCAGGCGCAGAACGUCGCCCUCAAGGAAACCCAUAAGGCUUACUUCCACAGAGACGCUCAGACGGAGGCGAGAGACUUCCUGAUGCUGACCAGGGAGGCGGAAGGAACCAUGAUGCUGAGGUGGAACCUUCUGGAGAGGUUACUGGAUGUUGUUGACAGGUUGGAUGUGAGCAAGGCCAAGACUUUGAUGGGAAACGAGCAGGAAGAGCAGGGGCAACCUGUCACCACUGCCUGCCAGCUGAAGUGGGAGGAGCCUUGGUGCACGCCACUGGAUGCUUCCUGCCCAGGGGAACAGGAGGUGGAGCUUCUCAGUGACGCAACACCACAUGUGAUUCCGGAAAAUCACGUGUUGCUUUUACCCUCUGAAGAGGAGUCAGGCUUAGAUGGUGGGAGGUGGGGCUUAGAAGGGGAACCCCAGGAGAGCGCUGCGGAAGUUCUCUGGAAUGAUGAAAGCAGCACAAUUUCAGACGUUAGCAAGCAGCCGUGUCACCAAAGUCUGUUGGAGCUUUCUGGAACGAUUGGUCACAUGAUCACAUCCUCCUCCGUGCAGGACCAAGUGGGGACCACGGCUGAGCGACUCCUUCACGCCUCCAAACACCCGUGGGCGGCGCUCUUUUACCUGGCUGCCACUCAGGUGGCGUACUGCUGUCACAUGACCAGGCUAUGCUCUGCCUACCAGAGGGAAAUGCUCAGCUCCGCCCAUUCCUCCAACCACUGCCACCGCCUGGCGGCAGAAAAUAAGGAACUCAGAGAGAGACUUUCCAACGCGGCGCAGCGACCAUCUAAAGUGAACACCGGCAGCCAGACGCACGAGGAUGACCCAAGGUCAGGGCGGAGUCAAGGCGUCUCGCUGGAGGGUCAGCACGAGGCCACAAGAGAAAAGAUGGCGUCUGGCAGUCAAACACGUCCAGACUUGGAGACGGAUCAGGUGGAGAUACUGAUGGCACGCGUGAUGGAGCUUGAGGAGCAGCUGUCAAUCACGAGCCAAACCCUGACUUCAGCUCACAGGCAGCAUGGCAAGGACAUGGCAGACCUGAAGGCGGUGUGCGAGCGUGGCCUCGCCGCCAUGGAGGAGUCUCACCUGAAGGUGUCUGAUGAGCUGCAGCGGCGCCAUCUACAGGAAGUGGAUCGCCUCCUGGAGGAGACCGACAGGCUGCUGGAGGAGGAGACCGCUGCCACGGCAACCGCCAUGGAGGCCAUGGAGCGAGCACACCGCCGGGAGAUGGAGAAGGAAGUGCAGAGGAGGUGUCAGGUCAUCAGCGUGACAGGAGGCGCCGCGCUCAUGGAGCACGUGCGCAAACAACACAGCGAGGAGCUGGCAUCCUCCCAGCGUGAGUUGGAGGAUUUAUCCUAUGAGUUCUCUCGGAAGUGUCUGGAAAACAGUCACCUUUUGCAGGCGCUGGAUGCGGAGAGGAAGGCUCUGAAUCAGCACCAGCAGGAGAACCAGAACCUGAUGGCCCUGAACCAGGAGCUGAGCGCGCAGCUGACGGCCAAGGUCAGUCAGUGCUCGGCGUCUAAACAGGAAGUGCUUCCCCUGAGGCACGACGUCAGCGUUUACAAGUUGGAGAUGCUGCUGCGCGUGAAGGAGUGUGAGCUGCAGAGUGUCCGCCAGCAACUCAGCUCUCUGCACCACAAACUCCAAACCACACAGAAGGUCAAAGUUCACUGGCUGACAGCACAGGAAGUACCAGGAUGUCAGCACUGAACUGAGUCGCCUUUGAGCAUCAAUCAGAACAAUAUCAAAUCAUAAUACCAAAUCAGGAAAUAAACAAUUUAGUAAAAGUAGUUGACUUGUUUGGCUGUAAGCAUUCAUGUGUAUAUUUGCUUGUAAAUAUUCUUGUUUUGUUGUUUUCACAGAUACUGUACUGUACAAUAUCAUUCUUUACUGGUGUGUGACAUGUUUAGUUGGGUGUGUGCCAAUAAAGACCAAAAACCUGUCA